AUGGCAUGCUCCAAGGUUCAAUUUAGUAACAAUGAUAACAACUUAGAAACGUACAGCAUCUUUUGGUUAGAUGCAUCUGUGGACAGUGAAGAAAACAAGGCGGCUCAAAAGCAAUUACGAUCAAUCAUCAAUCAACUGAGGACUUUCGUCGAUCCAGAAGAAUGUAUGGGUCGUAUUGGAUCUAUUCAUCAAGGUGAUCUUACAAGUUUAAUUGUAAGUGGUCAAUUGGGCCGUAUUGUGGUACCUGAAAUGCAGAAACUACAACAGGUAUCAUCAAUAUAUGUUUACUGCUUCAAUAAAGAGGCAAAUCUACAAUGGAGCCGACCAUACAGCAAGGUUAAAGCUGUGUGCAAUAAUUUGAACGAACUCAUCAAUAUAAUACGAACGAAUCAAAAGUAUCGGGUUCGACUUGAAGAAUCCUUGGGCAUUAACGUAUUGGAUCGAUCGUCAACGGCAUUGAAUGGAGAAUUCUUGCAUUCCCAAUUGUUGAUCGAUGUUCUUAUCAGAAUGAAGCCAAAUGAACAAGACAAGAAAGAAUUAAUUGAAAUGUGCAAAAUUGAAUACAAGGGCAACGAAGCUGAAUUAAGACGGGUAAAUGAAUUCAGACUAAAAUAUGAAUCAUCAAAAGCCGUCUGGUGGUAUACACGUGAGUCAUUUGUUUAUCGUAUUUUGAACAAGGCACUACGUGUGCAAAACGUAGAUGUCUUGUUUUUGUUUCGAGACGUUAUUCGCGACAUAUUGGAGCAGUUACGUGCUUCGCAAUGUCGUGAACGAAUAACUGUUUUUCGUGGCCAAUUUAUUUCAAAAAACGAAUUCAAAUUGUUACAUAAAUCGAUUGGGAAUAUUAUAUCGAUGAAUUCGUUUUUAUCGACUACAGUGAAACGUGAUGUUGCAUUAAGAUUUAUGAAAUAUAAUCCGAAUUUAUUAUCGUCGGAUGAUCAUGUUCCUGUUAUGUUUGAAAUCGAUGCUGAUCCACGUAUAAUUGGAAGUUCGAGAGAAAACAGUCGACUAUUUGCAGAAAUUGCAAGGUUUAGUGAUCAUAAAGGAGAAUCCGAUGUACUCUUCAUGCUAGAAAGAAAUUUUUCAGGUCUUCAUUUAUGUAAAAAUUUUAUUAAUAAUUAUUGUUGUCCACAAAUCUAUGAAAAUCAUAUACAAAAUGCAACAGCUAUUGAACUUUAUCAUUUAUUUGAAUUAAAUACAAUUAAUUUAUAUGAACAAUUAGUUCGUUUAACUAAUGAUUUAAAUCAUACGAUUAUAAAAUUAAUUGAAAUAUCUCGAAAUGAAACACAUAUUGUUUUACAACGUGUUUAUAAUAAACUUUAUCAAUCGUAUCAUUUAUCAAUAGAUAAAUUUUUCAAUAAUCUUUUAACAUUAACUUAUCGUACAUAUCAACAUGAUAUUAAAAAAUAUAUUGAUGAAUUAUUUCGUAAUAUUUUACAUAUAUCAUUAACAUUAAAUAAUAAUAAAUCAAUAUUACCAGUUUAUUUUUCAUGUCUAUGGAAAAAUCAUCCAUUUGGUAGUCAUUUAAAUUUAAUUGAAAAUCAAUUAGAAAUUAAUUUAGGUAAAAUAUUUCAAUUAAAUGAAUUAUUUAAAUUAAGUAAUGAACUUGUUCAAAUUUUAUCUACGAGUGUUACAACGGAUUAUCAUUGUAUUGACUCAUAUAUGCAAUUAUCAUAUUGUAAUUUAUGUAGUGGAAGAAAUGAAUUACCAUGUUUAUCAAACUGUAUGAACGUCAUUGAAAGUUGUCUUGUUAAUAUAACAUUAAUUGAUGAUAUAUGGAAAAAUUUUAUUGAUUCUAUUGAGAAUGUUAAUUAUUUUAAUAAUAUCGAAAAAGUUUUAUCAUCAAUUGGUUUAUCAAUAUCAGAUGCUGUUAUGACCUUUUUUAAUUCGGGUGGAGUUGCAAAUAAGGACAUCAUCGAUCAAUGUGGACAUAUGCGUAUUCGACGUCAAACAUUUGCUAUCGAUCAAAAAUUUGAUGAUGAAUUUAGUAAAACAUUAUCAUUAUCUUUAUUAGAUCAACAACUAAUUCAUAUGAGUCAAUCAUUGCAUACAUAUCGAUCAUUUUGGAUGAAAUUACCUGAACAAAUUUGUAGAUCAAAAGGAAUUUCAGAAUUAAAUGAACAAAUAUGUUGGACAGGAACUUCAAUAUCUCAAGAUGGAAUAUCUUCUGUUCAAUUACAUUAUGAUAAACCAUUAAGUUUAAAAUUACAAUGGAUUUUUAAAGAAAUGAGACAAAAAUCACAAAUUAUUGGAAAUAUUCAUCGAACUACGUCAGUACUUAAUAUUAAUUCAACAACAAGUUUAUCACUAGUAAAUGAAUCAAAAAUAGAUAUAAUUAUUCAAAAUUUUACUGAUACAUUAAGACCUACUGAUUUUGAUGAUUAUCCAAAUGAUAACGAAUUUGAUUAUUCAGAUUAUGCAUAUGAAGAUUCAAUAGAUGAUAUAACUACAACAUCAACGACAACAGCUCGUCGAAAAAUAAAAACAAAAACAACAAAAACAAAAAUAACAAUAACAACAACAACAACAACAACAACUACUACUACUACUACUACAACUACAAUUGCAACUACUCCUCUUGAUGAUGAUAUAUCAUUUGAUGAUGAUACAAAUACAGCAUAUUAUGAUUAUGGUGAUCAAGAUUUAUAUAGUGAUGAUGAAUCAGAAGAAAUCUCAACCACUGAACAACCAAUUUUAAUAACAACAACAAAACAAAUAAUAACAACAUUUUAUUGGAAAGAUCGAAUACCAUUCUAUCAUCGUAAACCACCCAUUAUUUGGAAUGUCAAUAAAGAUGAUAAUGAUGUAGAAAAAUUAGAAAAACAAGAACAGCGAUAUAACAGUGGCUCUUCUUUUCAUUAUUCUCAACUAUUAUUACUAACUAUGCUCAUUACUCGAGUCUGA